AUGCUAGUGGACCGUCAUGUGAAGCUACUGUCACGUCAAAGAGGCAGUGCCCUCCGGAAAGUAGAGCAAGAUAUCGUAAUAUCUCAGACCAAGAAACAAAAACUGGAUCGACCGCCACCGUCACCCCCAGGUGAGUCUAGAAGGGAGCCCGACUCCGACUACCUAUCCCCACCGACAGCGCUACCCGAUGUAGACUUAGAGGGUGGUGGUUCUUUGCCAUCUGAAACUCCCAGAAUGUCCCCCGUGCACAGUCCUGAGCUUGAUGGCCUGCCGACGUCUCCUGCCAACCCCUUCACGUCUGCUCGAGGAUCUGACAUUUCACCAGACCUGCCUAUUUCAGAGAGCCCACUAAAAGGCACCGUGGACCCUUUUGCAGCGCCCAUAGAAUCUGUGGCUCCUCCCUCAGAACCGCAUUUCGAUUUCGAUUUUUCUGAACUCCCGAUAUCUCAGCUCAGGGCCAAUUCUUUGUCCUUGACUUCGAUCGAGAUUAUAUCCUCCGUGCUACACAAUCUUUUCGAAGAACAACUCAUUCCGCAGGCGUAUGCUGAUUUCGACACUGCCACUACCCCUGCAGAUCAGGUACUUUACAAAUUAGACAUCAAACUGCUGUCCACAUUUAUCCACGGUGUUUUGGCUGACCUUCAGGACACGGUCGACAUCAAUCUGUCCAACAAUGAACUCUGCUCGCAAGUCAAAGAGUGCCAAAGGCAGAAAGCUCAAAAGACCGAAAGCUUACUCGAACUACGGCACGAUAUCAACGAAUGGGAAAAUAAGGAUGAUAACGCAGAGCAUUUUGAUGAGCUGCGACGGAAAUCUGCUUUGAACGACAAAUUGCAAAACCUCAUUGCAAGCAUUUCUCAGGAACCUGCGGAACCAGUGCAGAGCCCUCUGCUGUCAUUUGAUAAGGUCUCUGACGACCUAAUUCGAGUAACAGACCCCUGCAAUGGCGCACUGGCCAAGUUACGAACAUUUAAUGAUACUCUCGAAAAGCUCUUGGAAUAA